GUCCAAAAUCGAUUCCGGAUAACCGGCUGUGGAGUUCAUGCUGUCACAAUUCUCAACGUUAUUGAUUUUGAAGGUCAAUUUCAGGUUGCCAAGUUCAACAUAUAUGGUUGCACAUUGACUUUUUAUGAGCCAUGGAUCACAGUGUGUGAGAAUCGAGCAACAAAGACAGUGCAGAGAUGGAAGUCACACAAAGAAACAAUAUUUGGACUCCCACCACAAACCCCCUGGGUAAAUCCAUACACAAUACAGUAUUGUAUUCCUCUUUCAUUACUUGUCUUCUUCUAUUUGGUCUCGGGUCAGCCGGGAAUGUGAAUCCAAGACCUGAACUGUACGUGCCUAACUACAAGUACUAUCACAAUGUAUCAUCAGUCGGAACUUUCAUCACCGACCUGGUCGUGAAACAUCCAACCUACUUUCGUUUAGACCUGAACUUCAAGUCCCGCUCCAGUAUUCCCCAGUACGUACUACAUAUGACUAAUUUUUCAAGCUCAAGGACAUCAUAUGGGAGCCAUGGAGUGUCAAACAUUAAGCCCCGCCUCCUGCUGUCUUUCGGGGAACAUGCAAGGGAGUUCUUCCCGGUUGAAAGUAUGAUACAUCUUAUGAAAAGAAUCACCAGAGGGUUACAUGCACCACUCAACAGCCCAGAGGAUCAGUUCACCAAACAUGUUCUUUCUCAGUUAGAUAUCUACAUUAUUGUCAUGGCUAAUCCAGAUGGUAGACAGCAUAUUGAAAGGACGGGUAACUACUGCUGGAGGGGCACCAGCACUGGUGUGGACUUGGACAGGAACUUUGCUUGGAAUUUUGGCGGUCAUGGGAGCUCAGGUGAUCCUACUGAUGAGGAGUUCAGAGGACCUUUUCCUCAGUCAGAACCUGAAGGCAGAGUUUACUUAGAGCUGUCAAACACACAUCACUUUGAUGCUUUCAUCUCCUUCCACUCUGGAAUACAACAAAUAUACAUUCCUUUUGCUGAUUCUGCAUCCAGAAAAGCCAAGAGAGUGCCAGUGAACAGCGCUGUUCAGCUUGGCCUAGCAGAAGCCAUGUCUAAAGCAGGAGGUUCUUCAUUCAAAUAUGGAAUAGGUUAUAAUCUCUGUGAAUAUCCUGCUGAUGGAACAAUAUAUGAUUACAUGGCUGGUGUUAAAAAGAUUCCAUUUUCCUUGAAUGUGGAGAUGUGGGGCGAGGGAGAUAUAGACAAUAAACAGUGUUUUGAUCUCUUCAAUCCUCCAAAUGAAAAAUUAGCUGCUUCAUUAGAAGAUAGCAUGCCUCUCUAUGAUGCACUCUUUACACACGUGGUACGUUGGAAACAAAAACAAGUUCAUGAACAGUACCACCAUUUAGGGCAGACCGAUCUGUACAUUCCAAAGAGCUAUGUCAUUCCCUUCUUACUGUGCCUGUGUGUCUUCCUGGUAAUAUUCUUUCGUCAAGUACCUUGUGCCUUUAACCACCGAUUCUAUUCCCGAAAGAGGGUCGUCAGCUUGCGUUCUCUCAGCUCUACGUUCACCGUCAGUGGUAUCAAGAUCACAUGACACAAACAUGCAUUUUAGUACGUUGUAUAUUUUGUUAUCUAUUGUGUAUUUCUGUGAAUAUGCAAUUUAAGUGAAUUAUCUUGUGGUUUGUGAGAUGAUGGCAACUGCCCUCCACUGUUUUGUCUUUUUAAUUUUUUUUAAAUUUCAAUAUCAGUAUGAUUUUUAUAUCGCUUGUGACCAAAUGUGCAAUUCUCCAACUUAUAUUUUGUUCAAUCUAUUCUUAAUGGUGUGAAUUUACUUAACUAUGAUAUAGUAUACUAUUAUCAUGAAUGCCUCUAUGAUGGCAUGAGUAUGUUUUAUUCGUUCUGAUUGCUGAUGUCCAUGCAAUUUUCUACAUUAGGGUAGAGGUAAAGCUGCAAGAAAUUUAAUAAUGCAAACAUGAUAAAGAAAACAAUUACACUAUGAUAUUACAGACAACUUUUGGUCAACAUUUCAUUCAUUAUAAAGAGUGAUAUCGUAUUAAAUGCUAUUUGAUAUUUAUCAUAGCUUCUCAUAUGAUUUUUGUACAGGGUUUAGGUUCAUGCUUACUUACAAGUAUACAUUUACUUGCUUAUUGUAGAAUGAGUAAAUUAACAGUGCAUAUAAAAAAAAGUUUACUUUUUGAAAGAGCCC